UAUAAAUUAAUAUUCAUACAGGAAAGAACGGUUCGAAAAUAUUGUAACAAGACAAUGACGUCGCUUUUGUUUGUCGUUUUAAAUAUAAUCCUAACUUUGCACUUAUGUGCAGGUCAAACCCCACCAGUAGACAAAAACAAGAGAUUGAUAUGUUAUUAUGACGCUCAAAGUUAUUUGCGGCCAGGUUUUGCUGAAAUGAAAAUUAACUUUUUGAAGACCGCUGCAGAGUUUUGUACUCACUUGAUCUACGGCUAUGCAGAACUAAAUGAUGAUUUAUAUGAAAUUUCAAGUUUAAAUGUUGACUUGGAUAUGUUUCACUACAAAGACAUCACUUCGUUGAAAACUGAAUUCCCACAUUUGCGUAUAUAUUUAAGCAUUGGCGGUGAUCAUGAUAACGGGCACUACGACGGAAGAAAAUAUAUGCGAUUUUUAGAAUCUGGGAAGGAUAAGCAAAACACUUUCAUAGAAUCUGCUGUUCAUUUAUUGAAAAGGAACGACUUUGAUGGAUUAGAUUUGGCCUUUAAACUACCCACGAAUAAGCCACGAAAAGUUCAUUCAGAGUUUGGGUUGUUAUGGAAGAAAUUUAAGAAACUGUUUACCGGUGACUUUAUUGUGGAUCCCGAUGCUGCCCUACAUAAAGACCAGUAUACAGAAUUCGUUGGAAAUCUUGCUAGAACCUUUCGCAAUGCGAACUUAUCUUUGACCAUGACGGUGUUGCCAAAUGUCAAUUCUACGUGGUAUUUUGACGUUACGGAAAUUUACAAUAAUUUCGAGUAUAUUAACCUGUUUGCUUUCGAUUUUCUUACACCCUCACGUAAUCCCGAAGAAGCCGAUUACACGGCCCCUAUAUUUCUAAAAGACGAGGAGAAUCGUUUAGCACAUUAUAAUAUAGAUUAUCAAGUGAAUUAUUGGGUGAGUCAUGGAUGUCCAGCCCAUAAACUUAAUUUGGGUAUUGCCACUUACGGAAGAGCUUGGAAAUUAUCAUCCAAGUCUGGUAUUUCGUGUAAGCCAGUUGUACACGAAACCUUAGGGCCUGCGGAGCCUGGCCUACAGUCGAACAUAUCCGGAUUAUUAAGCUGGCCAGAAAUUUGUUCUAAACUAGCGAAAGCAGAUGGAGCUGGAUACAAAGGAGCUGAUGCCCCCGUACGUAAAGUUCAGGAUCUAGAGAAUCUUUACGGUAACUACGCUUUCCGUCCGGCUGAUGAUAAUGACGAACACGGCAUUUGGAUAAGUUUCGACGAUCCCGAUUUUGCAGGAAUUAAAACGAAUUUCGCCAAGACCAAGUUUAUGGGCGGAGUGGCUUUAUAUGAUUUAGCUUAUGAUGAUUUUCGUGGUCUUUGCACCGGCGUCAAAUUUCCCAUAUUGCGUUCGGUGAGAGGACACUUGUAAAUACUCAUUCAAAGUAUGAAAUAAACGACUGAUAAGAAAAAAAUAAAUAAAUAAAUAAACA